AACCUCUAUUCUACUUCCUGUCUCUAUGAAUUUGACUACUCCAGGGACCUCACGUGUAAGUGAACGUCAAGAUGACGAUUACACCAGACGUCAGGUUAGAGUAUUUGGAGAGUGUCGCUUCCAUCUUCCUAAAGUUCAAGCCGGACAAGUGGACUAAAAUGGUCGGAGCAGAAGAGAACAUGGGUUUGUUCACCGAGUUCUUUGAGAAACCGGACGUCCUAGUUCUGGUGCUGACACUCAGCCCCGCCGGCAUGAUCAUACCCUGCCUGGGCUUCCCGGCCUCCCUCAAGUCCAAAGGGAUGUACUUCAUCAAGAAGAAACCUGGGAACAUCAGCAAUGACAACUACAAGGACCGCCUGGUCUAUGGGGACAUAAGCCCCACUCCCGUGGACCAGCUGAUCGCCAUCGUGGAGGAGGUCCUCUAUUCCCUGUUAAACCAAAGCGAAAACGUGAGCGGAUGGCCCCGCGUGGUCUCAGAGGACGUUGUGAAGCAAGUCCACAAGCUGAAGAACGAGAUGUGUGUGAUGGGCGGCAAGAUCAAGGGGAAGCCGCUGCUGCCCAUCCCGGAGCACCUGGGCAGUCUGGAUGGUACCCUUGAGUCCAUGGAGAGGAUCCCCUCCUCCCUGGACAACUCGCUGCUGCACGCCAUCGAGACCAUCAUCAUCGACUGGUCCCGCCAGAUCCGGGAUGUGCUAAGCAAAGACUCGGCCCAGGCCCUGCUGGACGGGCUGCACCCCCUGCCCCGAGUCGAGUUUGAGUUCUGGGACACCCGGCUGAUGAACCUCAAGUGCAUCCACGAGCAGCUCAACAGGCCCAAAGUGAACAAAAUCGUCGAGAUCCUGGAAAAAGCCAAAAGCUGCUACUGGCCAGCCCUGCAAAAUGUGUAUACGAAUGUCACUGAGGGCCUGAAGGAAGCCAACGAUAUAGUUCUGUAUCUGAAGCCUCUGCGGAUCUUGUUGGAGGAGAUGGAACAGGCUGACUUCACGAUGCUCCCAACCUUCAUCACCAAGGUGCUGUAUACCAUCUGCUUCAUCUGGGCCACGUCCGAGCACUACAACACGCCCUCCAGGGUCAUCGUCAUCCUGCAGGAGUUCUGCAACCAGCUCAUCGAGAUGACUCGGACCUACCUGCGUCCCGACGACGUGCUGAAAAGCCUGCAGGGUGAAACUGAGGACGUGCUGAGCAGCGUCUCUCUGUCCCUGAGCGUCCUGAAGGAGCUGUACCGAGCCUACGAGUUCUGCUGCACGAACAUGAAGCUUUUCUUCAAGAAAGACAAGAAGCCAGCGCCGUGGGAAUUCCCUUCUUCUCUUGCCUUUUCCAGGAUAAAUUCCUUUUUCCAGCGCGUCCAGACCAUCGAGGAUCUUUAUAAAACAGCCAUCGAGUUUCUGAAGCUGGAGAAGAUGGAGCUCGGGGGCGUGAGGGGCAGCAUACGCGGAAGCCAGGUGACUCAGAUCUCUGAUGAGGUCUUUGAGCUGGUGAAGGUUUUUGCCGACUGCAAAUACGACCCCUUGGAUCCCGGAGAUUCGAGCUUUGAUGACGAUUACGCUGAUUUUGAGACCAAAAUUCAGGAUCUGGAUAGGAGGCUGGCCACGAUCUUUUGCCAGGGGUUUGACGACUGCUGUUCUAUUGAGUCCUGUGCAAAGCUCCUACACAUGUGUGGCAGCCUCUUGGAACGGCCUCUGAUUCUCCCCGAGGUGGUGCCUAGGUACUCGGUCAUGCUGGAGCUGUUUGACGCUGAGCUGGACAACACCAAGACCCUGUAUGACGCCCAGAUUGCGGCCUCGGCAGACGGGAACAUCCCCCCUAUCCAUAAAAACAUGCCCCCGGUGGCCGGGCAGCUCAAGUGGAGCCUGGAGCUGCAGGAGAGGCUGGAGGCACCCAUGAGGGACCUCAAGCACAUCGAGCACCCGGUCAUGUCCAGUGUGGAGGCCAAGCUGAUCUACCAGAAAUACGAUGAGAUGGUGGAACUGCUGAGACGCUACCGUGAGAGGAUCUACCAGCAGUGGGCGGCGGGGGUAGACCAGGACUGCCACUUCAACCUGGGGCAGCCCCUGAUCCAGCGGGACCCCGUCACCAGACUCAUCCGCGUCAACUUCAGCAAAGCGUUGGUGGCAGUGCUGAGAGAGGUCAAGUACCUGAACUUCCAGCAACAAAAAGAGAUUCCCAGCAGCGCCGAGAACCUGUUCUCACAGUACGAAACCUUCUGGAAGUUUGUGGGCAACUUGGAACUCAUUGCCCGCUGGUACAAUGAGAUAAUGACCACUGUGAAGGACGUAGAAUUUCCACUGAUAAAGUCAGAAUUGGAAACAAUCGAUGUCAAAUUGUUGGACGCUGAGACGACCUUAUUCUGGAACGGCCAAGGUGUGUUUGAAUAUAUUCAAGAGAUGCGAGAAAUGCUAUACAACUUGCAGAACAGGAUACAAAAAGCAAAGCAAAACAUAGAGGGGAUUUCCCAGGCCAUGAAGGACUGGUCGGCCAACCCAAUGUUUGAAAGGAAGGACAACAAGAAAGAGGCCCUGUUAGACUUGGACGGGAGGGUGGCCAACCUCAACAAGCGCUACACCGCGGUCAGGGACGCCGGCCUGAAGAUCCAGUCCAUGGUCAUGGAAAAUGCGGAACUCUUCAGAGCGAAUACGACGAGCCAGCCCUGGAAGGAUUAUGUCAACUACGUUGACAGCAUGGUCUUGGAUGAAUUUGAGCAUUUCAUUCGCAAGUCUCUAAAUCACCUAAUGGACAACAUGGUUGUAGAUGAGAGCAUCGCACCGCUGUUUGAGGUCCGCAUGGAGCUGGACGAGGAUGGGCUGGUCUUCAAUCCGUCCCUGGAGGUGGGCGGGGAGCAGGGCUUCCUGGCGCUGAUCGGGAGCCUGGUCACUGACAUCUACAAUGCAGCCAAGCUCAUCCCCAGGCUGGCCAAGGGCAGGAUGAACUACAAGACCGACCUGGAAGACAUGACCGACCUCAUAGAGAUGGGGGAGGAGCUGUCCAACCUGGUCAUCAGCGCCAUAAAGGAGGCUGAGGAGUACCAGGACUCCUUCGAGCGCUACGCCUACCUGUGGAUGGACGACCCCCAGGAGGUCAUGAAGAGCUUCCUCAUCUAUGGGCACGCGAUCAGCCCAGAGGACUGGGACCCCCAGGCCGAGGAGACCCUCCCCAAGAUGCCACCUACCCUCGCCCAGUUCCAGCAGCAGAUCGACUCCUAUGAGAAGCUGUAUGAGGAGGUGUCCAAGUGCGAGAACACCAAGGUGUUCAACGGCUGGCUGCAGUGUGACUGCCGGCCCUUCAAGCAGGCCCUCCUCAACACCAUCAAGCGCUGGAGCCUCAUGUUCAAGCGGCACCUGAGCAACAACGUGGUCAGCAGCCUCGCAGACCUAGAAGCCUUCAUGAAAGUCUCCAGGGCGGGCUUGAUGAAGCCUCUCAAGGAGGGGGAUUAUGACGGCCUCGUGGAGGUGAUGGGGCAUCUGAUGAAGGUCAAGGAGAGGCAGACGGCCACCGACAACAUGUUUGAGCCCCUGAAGCAGACCAUCGAGCUGCUCAAGUCCUAUGGGGAGGAGAUGCCCGAGGAGACGCACGUGAAGCUUCAGGAACUGCCGGAGCAGUGGACCAACACCAAGAAGCUGGCCAUCCAGGUGAAGCAGAACGUGGCACCCUUGCAGGCCAACGAGGUCAGCAUCCUGCGACGGAAAUGCCAGCAGUUCGAGCUCAAGCAGCACGAGUUCAGAGAGAAGUUCAGGCAAGAAGCCCCGUUCAGCUUCAGCGACCCCAACCCCUACAAGUCCCUCAAUAAGCAACAAAAGAGCAUCGCGUCCAUGGAGGGCGUCAUGGAGGCUCUGUGCAAAUCCGGGAGCCUGUUCGAGGUCACAGUGCCGGAUUACAAGCAGCUCAAGGCUUGUCACAAAGAGGUCCGCCAGCUGAAGGAGCUCUGGGACAUGAUCAUCAUGGUCAACACCAGCAUCGGUGACUGGAAGACCACCAAGUGGAAGCACAUCAACGUCGAGCAGAUGGACAUAGACUGCCAGAAGUUCGCCAAGGCUGUGAGGUCCCUGGACAAGGAGGUGAAGGGCUGGGAUGCCUUCGUGGGGCUGGACAACACCGUGAAGAACACGAUCGCGUCCCUGCGCGCCGUGAGUGAGCUGCAGAACCCCGCCAUCCGGAACCGCCACUGGCAGCAGCUCAUGCAGGCCACCCAGGUGAAGUUUGAAAUGUCAGAUGAGACCACCCUGGCGGAUUUACUCCAGCUGAACCUACAUAAAUACGAAGACGAGGUCCAGAACAUCGUAGACAAGGCUGUGAAAGAGUCUGGCAUGGAAAAGGUGCUGAAAACCCUGGAUAGUACCUGGUCCACCAUGGAGUUUGAGCACAGGCGGCACCCGCGGACAGGCACCAUGUUGCUCAAGACCGAUGAGGUGCUGGUGGAGACGCUGGAGGACAGCCAGGUGCAGCUGCAGAACCUGAUGAUGUCCAAGUACCUGUCCCACUUCCUGAAGGAGGUGACGAGCUGGCAGCAGAAACUGUCCGCUGCGGACUCGGUCAUCUCCAUCUGGUUCGAGGUCCAGAGAACCUGGAGCCACCUGGAGAGCAUCUUCAUUGGUUCCAAAGACAUCCGCGCCCAGCUGCCGGAGGACUCCCAACGCUUUGAUGACAUCGACCAGGAGUUCAAGGCCUUGAUGGAGGAGGCGGUGAAAACACCCAACGUGGUCGAAGCCACCAACAAACCUGGUCUCUAUAACAAACUUGAGAACCUGAAGAAGAGGUUGGCCAUGUGUGAAAAGGCCCUGGCCGAAUAUUUAGAGACAAAAAGACUUGCUUUCCCAAGGUUCUACUUCGUCUCCUCAGCCGACCUCCUGGACAUUCUCUCCAACGGAAACGACCCCGUGGAGGUGAGCCGCCACCUGUCCAAGCUCUUCGACAGCCUGUGUAAACUGAAGUUCCGCCUCGACGCCGACGGGAAGCCGCUCAAGUGUGGCCUGGGCAUGUACAGCAAGGAGGACGAGUACGUGGACUUUGACCGGGAAUGUGACCUCUCGGGGCAGGUGGAGGUCUGGCUGAACCGGGUGUUGGACAGGAUGUGCGCCACGCUCCGCCACGAGAUCCCGGAAGCCGUGGUGACUUACGAGGAGAAGCCAAGGGAGCAGUGGAUCUUCGACUACCCCGCCCAGAUUGCGCUCGCGUGCACCCAGAUCUGGUGGACAACCGAGGUGGGCCUGGCAUUUGCCAGGCUGGAGGAAGGCUAUGAAAACGCCAUCAGAGAUUACAACAAGAAGCAGAUCAGUCAGCUGAACGCGCUCAUCACCCUGCUCAUCGGAAACCUCAACGCCGGGGACAGGACGAAGAUCAUGACCAUCUGUACCAUCGACGUCCACGCCCGGGAUGUGGUCGCCAAGAUGAUCACCGCCAAGGUGGAGAGCGCCCAGGCCUUCACCUGGCAGUCCCAGCUGCGGCACCGCUGGGAUGAGGAGAAGAAGCACUGCUUUGCCAACAUCUGCGACGCCCAGAUCCAGUACUCGUACGAGUACCUGGGCAACACUCCACGACUGGUCAUCACCCCGCUCACCGACAGAUGCUAUAUAACCUUGACCCAGUCCCUCCACCUGAUCAUGGGCGGAGCCCCCGCUGGCCCCGCCGGGACUGGCAAGACAGAGACGACCAAGGACCUGGGCAGAGCCCUGGGCACCAUGGUCUACGUCUUCAACUGCUCCGAGCAGAUGGACUACAAGUCCUGUGGCAAUAUCUACAAGGGCCUGGCCCAGACUGGAGCCUGGGGCUGCUUCGAUGAGUUCAAUCGAAUCUCCGUGGAGGUCUUGUCUGUGAUCGCCGUACAGGUAAAAUGUAUCCAAGAUGCAAUUCGGGCCAAGAAAGAAACGUUUAAUUUCCUGGGAGAGAUGAUAAGGCUUAUCCCCAGUGUUGGCCUCUUCAUCACCAUGAACCCCGGGUACGCCGGACGCACGGAGCUGCCCGAGAACUUAAAGGCCUUGUUCAGGCCCUGCGCCAUGGUGGUUCCCGACUUUGAACUGAUAUGCGAGAUCAUGCUGGUGUCUGAGGGCUUUCUGGAGGCCCGCCUUCUGGCCAGGAAGUUCAUCACGCUCUACACCUUGUGCAAAGAGCUGCUGUCGAAGCAGGAUCAUUAUGACUGGGGCUUGCGGGCCAUCAAGUCUGUGCUGGUGGUGGCCGGCUCCCUGAAGAGGGCCGACCCCGGCCGAGCAGAGGACCAGGUGCUGAUGAGGGCGCUCAGGGACUUCAACAUCCCCAAGAUCGUCGCCGACGACCUGCCCGUGUUCAUGGGGCUCAUCGGGGACCUCUUCCCUGCGCUGGACGUGCCUCGGAAACGGGACCUGAAUUUUGAGAAGGUCAUCAAGCAGAGCAUCGUUGAGCUCAAGCUGCAGGCGGAGGACAGCUUCGUGCUGAAGGUGGUGCAGCUGGAGGAGCUGCUGCAAGUCAGGCACUCGGUGUUCGUCAUCGGGAACGCGGGCAGUGGCAAGUCCCAGGUCCUCAAGUCUCUGAACAAGACCUAUCAGAACCUGCAGAGGAAGCCGGUCGCCGUGGACCUGGACCCCAAGGCCGUCACCUGCGACGAGCUCUUCGGCAUCAUCAACCCGGUGACCAGGGAGUGGAAAGAUGGCCUCUUCUCCACCGUCAUGCGGGACCUGGCCAACAUCCCUCACGACGGCCCCAAGUGGAUCAUCCUGGACGGGGACAUAGACCCCAUGUGGAUCGAGUCCCUCAACACCGUCAUGGAUGACAACAAGGUCCUCACGCUGGCCAGCAAUGAGCGGAUCCCCCUGAACCGCACCAUGCGGCUGGUGUUCGAGAUCAGCCACCUGAGGACGGCCACGCCGGCCACCGUGUCCAGAGCCGGCAUCCUGUACAUCAACCCGGCCGACCUCGGGUGGAACCCGGUGGUGAGCAGCUGGAUCGAGAGGCGCAAGGUGCAGUCGGAAAAGGCCACCCUGCUGGUCCUCUUUGACAAGUACCUGCCCACCUGCCUGGACAAGCUUCGCGUCGGGUUUAAGACGAUCACCCCGGUGCCCGAGAUCACGGUCAUCCAGAUGAUCCUGUACCUGCUCGAGUGCCUCCUCACCGAGCAGAACGCACCCCCCGACUCUGCCAAGGAGCUGUACGAGCUCUACUUUGUGUUCGCCUGCUUCUGGGCCUUCGGAGGGGCCAUGUUCCAGGACCAGCUUGUAGAUUAUCGGGUCGAGUUCAGCCGAUGGUGGAUCAACGAAUUCAAGACAAUCAAGUUCCCCUCGCAGGGAACGAUCUUUGACUACUACAUAGAUCCCGACACCAAAAAGUUCCUGCCGUGGACGGACAAGGUGCCCCGCUUCGAGCUGGACCCUGAUGUCCCCCUGCAGGCCUCACUGGUGCACACCACGGAAACCAUCCGCAUCCGCUACUUCUUGGACCUGCUCGUGGAGAAGUCGUGGCCGGUGAUGCUGGUGGGGAAUGCAGGGACGGGCAAGUCGGUGCUGAUGGGGGACAAGCUGGGCAGCCUGAGUACAGACGACUGGUUGGUGCAGGCCGUGCCCUUCAACUUCUACACGACCUCGGCUAUGCUGCAGGGUGUUCUCGAAAAGCCGCUGGAGAAGAAAUCAGGGCGGAAUUACGGGCCACCAGGCACCAAGAAGCUGAUCUACUUCAUCGACGACAUGAACAUGCCCGAGGUGGACAAGUACGGGACGGUGGCCCCGCACACCCUCCUCCGGCAGCACAUGGACCACAGGCACUGGUAUGACCGACAGAAGCUGACACUGAAGGACGUCCAUAACUGCCAGUACGUGGCGUGCAUGAACCCCACUGCUGGAUCCUUCACCAUCGACCCCAGGCUUCAGCGCCACUUCUGUGUGUUUGCCGUGAGCUUCCCGGGCCAGGAGGCCCUCAUGAGCAUCUACAGCACCAUCCUGGCCCAGCACCUGGCCUAUCAGUCGGUCCCCAUGGUAGUCCAGAAGAUGAGCAACCACCUGGUGGCCUCCGCCCUGGCCGUUAAGUUUCAUUAUGUCUUCAACCUCAGGGACCUCUCCAAUAUUUUCCAGGGGCUCCUGUUCUCCACCGCAGAGACCCUGAAAAUCCCACUGGACCUCGUCCGCCUCUGGCUGCACGAAGCCGAACGUGUGUACGGCGACAAGAUGGUGGAUGAGAAGGACCAGGAGGCGCUGCGCAGAGUCACCAUCGCUUCCACCAAGAAGUUCUUCGACGAUCUUGCUGACGAGCUCUUAUUCGCCAAACCCAAUAUCUACUGCCACUUUGCUCACGGGAUCGGCGAUCCCAAGUACCUGCCGGUGACUGACGUGGCUCCCCUGAGCAAGCUCCUGGUGGAAGCUCUGGACAGUUACAACGAGAUCAACGCGGUCAUGAACCUGGUGCUGUUUGAGGACGCGGUGGCCCACAUCUGCAGGAUCAGCCGUAUCCUGGAGUCCCCACGGGGCAACGCCCUGCUGGUCGGGGUGGGCGGCAGCGGCAAGCAGAGCCUCUCCCGCCUGGCCGCGUACAUCAGCGCGCUGGACGUGUUCCAGAUCACCCUCAAGAAGGGCUACGGGAUCCCAGACCUCAAGCUCGACCUCAGCGCCCAGUACAUCAAGUCGGCCGUGAAGAACGUUCCCUCGGUGUUCCUGAUGACGGACUCCCAGGUGGCCGAGGAGCAGUUUCUGGUGCUGAUCAAUGACCUGCUGGCCUCGGGGGAGAUCCCGGGGCUGUUUAUGGACGACGAGGUGGAGAACAUCAUCUCCUCCAUGCGGCCGCAAGUGAAGUCCCUGGGCCUGACGGACACCCGGGAGGCGUGCUGGAAAUUCUUCAUUGAGAAAGUGCGCAGGCACCUGAAGGUAAUCCUGUGUUUCUCCCCCGUGGGCUCCGUCCUGCGUGUACGAGCAAGAAAAUUCCCUGCCGUGGUCAACUGCACAGCCAUCGACUGGUUCCAUGAGUGGCCAGAGGACGCCCUGGUGUCCGUCAGCACUCACUUCCUUGAGGACACCGAGGGGAUUCAGCCGGAAGUUAAGGCCUCCAUCAGCCUCUUCAUGUCCUACGUGCACACGACCGUCAAAGAGAUGUCCAAGGUGUACCUCGCCACCGAGAGGCGCUACAACUAUACCACGCCCAAAACCUUCCUGGAGCAGAUCAAACUGUACCAGAACCUACUGGCCAAGAAGAGGAUGGAGCUGGUCGCCAAAAUCGAGAGGCUGGAGAACGGGCUGAUGAAGCUGCAGAGCACAGCCUCUCAGGUGGACGAUUUAAAAGCCAAGCUGGCGGUUCAGGAGGCUGAGCUCAAGCAGAAAAACGAGAAAGCGGACAAGCUGAUCCACGUGGUGGGUGUGGAAACAGAGAAGGUCAGCAAAGAGAAAGCCAUUGCUGAUGAGGAAGAAGUCAAGGUGGAAGUCAUCAACAAGAAUGUUACUGAGAAACAAAAAGCUUGUGAAACAGACCUGGCCAAGGCAGAGCCGGCCCUACUGGCCGCGCAGGAGGCCCUCGACACUCUGAAUAAGAACAACCUGACAGAGCUGAAGUCCUUCGGGUCCCCCCCAGACGCCGUGGUCAACGUCACGGCCGCCGUGAUGAUUCUGACGGCUCCCGGGGGCAAGAUCCCCAAGGACCAGAGCUGGAAAGCUGCGAAAAUCAUGAUGGGCAAAGUGGACACCUUCCUGGACUCCUUGAAGAAGUUUGACAAGGAGCACAUCCCCGAGGCCUGCCUGAAAGCAUUUAAGCCCUACCAAGGCAACCCGACGUUCGACCCCGAGUUCAUCCGCUCCAAGUCCACGGCCGCCGCGGGCCUGUGCUCCUGGUGUAUCAACAUCGUCCGCUUCUACGAGGUCUACUGCGACGUGGCCCCCAAGAGGCGGGCCCUGGAGGAGGCCAAUGCGGAGCUGGCCGAGGCGCAGGAGAAGCUCUCCCGCAUCAAAAGCAAGAUCGCUGAACUCAACGCCAACCUGAGCAACCUGACGUCGGCAUUUGAAAAAGCGACAGCCGAGAAAAUCAAGUGUCAGCAGGAGGCUGACGCCACCAGUAGUGUGAUCUCGCUGGCUAACAGGCUGGUAGGAGGAUUAGCAUCAGAAAACGUCCGCUGGGCCGAAUCGGUGGAGAACUUCAGAAGCCAGGGGGCCACACUGUGUGGGGACGUCCUGCUGAUUUCCGCCUUCGUCUCCUACGUGGGCUACUUCACCAAGAAAUAUCGCAAUGAGCUAAUGGAGGGGUUUUGGAUCCCUUACAUAAAUGAGCUAAAGGUCCCCAUCCCGCUCACAGAAGGUCUGGAUCCCUUGAGCCUGCUGACCGACGAUGCAGACGUGGCCACUUGGAACAACCAGGGGCUCCCCAGCGACCGCAUGUCCACAGAGAAUGCCACCAUCCUGUGCAACACGGAGCGCUGGCCCCUCUUCGUGGACGCCCAGCUGCAGGGCAUCAAGUGGAUCAAAAACAAAUACGGCAGCAAGCUGAAGGCCAUCCGCCUGGGACAGAAGAGCUACCUGGAUAUCAUCGAGCAGGCCAUCUCAGAAGGGGACACCUUGCUCAUCGAGAACAUUGGCGAGACCGUGGACCCGGUUCUGGACCCUCUGCUGGGCAGGAACACAAUCAAAAAGGGAAAGUUCAUUAAGAUCGGCGACAAAGAGGUGGAAUACCACCCCAACUUCCGCCUGCUGCUGCACACGAAGCACUUCAACCCCCACUACAAGCCCGAGAUGCAGGCCCAGUGCACCCUGAUCAACUUCCUCGUCACCAGGGACGGGCUCGAGGACCAGCUCUUGGCCACCGUGGUGGCCAAAGAGCGCCCAGAUCUGGAGCAGCUGAAGGCGAACCUCACCAAGUCUCAGAAUGAAUUUAAGAUUGUCCUGAAAGAGCUGGAAGAUUCUCUGCUGGCCCGUCUGUCGGCCGCGUCGGGGAACUUUCUGGGAGACACAGCCUUGGUUGAGAACCUGGAGACCACCAAACACAUGGCCAGCGAGAUUGAGGAAAAGGUGCAAGAGGCAAAAAUCACAGAAGUUAAAAUCAACGAGGCGAGAGAGAACUACGUGCCAGCCGCGGGGAGGGCGUCCCUGCUGUACUUCAUCCUGAACGACCUCAGCAAGAUCAACCCCAUCUACCAGUUCUCGCUCAAGGCCUUCAACGUGGUGUUCGAGAAGGCCAUCCAGAAGACCGCCCCCGCCGACGAGGUCAAACAGCGUGUGAUCAACCUGACGGACGAGAUCACCUACUCCGUGUACAUGUACACGGCCCGCGGGCUCUUCGAGCGAGACAAACUCAUCUUCCUCGCACAGGUGACAUUUCAGGUCUUGUCCAUGAAGAAGGAGCUGAACCCGGUGGAGCUGGAUUUCCUUCUGCGGUUCCCGUUCAAAGCCGGGGUCGUGUCACCCGUGGACUUCCUGCAGCAUCAGGGAUGGGGCGGCAUCAAGGCCCUCUCGGAGAUGGAUGAGUUCAAGAACCUGGACAGCGACAUCGAGGGAUCCGCCAAGCGGUGGAAGAAGCUCGUGGAGUCGGAAGCCCCCGAAAAGGAGGUCUUCCCCAAGGAGUGGAAGAACAAGACGGCGCUGCAGAAGCUGUGCAUGCUGAGGUGCGUGCGGCCCGACCGCAUGACCUACGCCAUCAAGAACUUUGUGGAGGAGAAGAUGGGUAGCAAGUUCACCGAGGGCCGGAGCGUCGAGUUCUCCAAGUCCUACAAGGAGAGCAGCCCCUCAAGCCCCAUCUUCUUCAUCCUCUCCCCGGGCGCUGACCCCCUGAAGGACGUGGAGGCCCUGGGGAAAAAAUUGGGAUUUACCAUAGACAACGGGAAACUCCAUAACGUGUCCCUGGGGCAGGGACAAGAGGUGGUGGCGGAGAAUGCCCUGGACGUGGCUGUGGAGAAGGGACACUGGGUCAUUCUGCAGAACAUCCACCUGGUGGCCCAGUGGCUGAGCACCCUGGACAAGAAGCUGGAGCGGUACAGCGUCGGCAGCCACGAUGACUACCGCGUGUUCAUCAGCGCCGAGCCGGCCCCCAGCCCCGAGUCCCACAUCAUCCCCCAGGGCAUCCUGGAGAACGCCAUCAAAAUCACCAACGAGCCGCCCACGGGCAUGUACGCCAACCUGCACAAGGCCCUGGACCUCUUCACCCAGGACACACUGGAGAUGUGCACCAAGGAGAUGGAGUUCAAGUGCAUCCUCUUCGCCCUGUGCUACUUCCACGCCGUGGUGGCCGAGAGGCGCAAGUUUGGGGCCCAGGGCUGGAACAGGUCGUACCCCUUCAACAACGGGGACCUCACCAUCUCCAUCAACGUGCUCUACAACUACCUGGAGGCCAACCCCAAGGUGCCCUGGGACGAUCUCCGCUACCUCUUUGGGGAAAUCAUGUACGGCGGCCACAUCACCGACGACUGGGACCGCCGGCUCUGCAGGACGUACCUGGAGGAGUACAUCCAGGCGGAGAUGCUGGAGGGAGAGAUCCUGCUGGCCCCGGGCUUUCAGAUCCCCCCGAACCUGGACUACAAGGGUUACCACGAAUACAUCGACAAGAACCUGCCCCCCGAAAGCCCCUGCCUGUAUGGCCUGCACCCCAAUGCAGAGACUGGCUUCCUGACGGCCACCUCGGAGAUGCUGUUCCGCACUGUCCUGGAAAUGCAGCCCAAAGAAACCGGGUCGGGAGCCGGUGGCGCCGGGGUAUCUCGCGAGGAGAAGGUGAAGGCCGUGCUGGAUGAGAUCCUGGAGAAGAUCCCGGAGACCUUCAACAUGGCCGAGAUCAUGGCCAAGGCCGCCGAGAAGACCCCCUACGUGGUUGUCGCCUUCCAAGAAUGUGAGAGAAUGAACAUCCUGACCAACGAAAUGCGCCGCUCGCUGAAGGAGCUGAACCUGGGGCUGAAGGGAGAACUGACCAUCACGACCGACAUGGAAGACCUGUCCACGGCUCUGUUCUAUGACACUGUGCCCGACACGUGGGUGGCCCGGGCCUACCCCUCGAGGUUGGGCCUGGCGGCCUGGUACGCCGACCUGCUGCUCCGCAUCAGGGAGCUCGAGGCCUGGACGAUGGACUUCACACUGCCUACCACCGUGUGGCUGGCCGGCUUCUUCAACCCGCAGUCCUUCCUCACGGCCAUCAUGCAGUCCAUGGCCAGGAAGAACGAGUGGCCACUGGACAAGAUGUGUCUGUCUGUGGAGGUGACCAAGAAGAACCGGGAGGACAUGACCGCGCCCCCCCGGGAGGGCUCCUACGUGUACGGGCUCUUCAUGGAAGGAGCUCGCUGGGACACCCAGAUGGGAGUCAUCGCCGACGCGCGGCUGAAAGAGCUGACGCCGGCCAUGCCCGUCAUCUUCAUCAAGGCCAUCCCUGUGGACCGCAUGGAGACCAAGAACAUCUAUGAGUGUCCCGUGUACAAAACACGCAUCCGCGGCCCCACCUACGUCUGGACCUUUAACCUGAAGACCAAAGAGAAGGCAGCAAAGUGGAUCCUGGCAGCCGUGGCGCUGCUCCUACAGGCCUAGCUGGAGCCCCGGGUCCCGCCGUGAGGCCCAUGCUGCCCGGCGCCAGGUCCUGACCGCAACUUCACAUUUACAGUUAGGAACUCAGCCUUGCAACGAUCAAUCACUUAUUUUCACAGGAACUGAUGAUUGCUUUUUUGUUCUCCUAAAUAAUCGAGGCACUUUAUAACCAUGCACAUCGAGACUAGCCAGAGGGUGGAGGGCAGCCUGGGAGAGGGGGUGUGGAUGGGAUUAAAACAAUGAAGCCACUUA